UGAAUUCCAGAGAUUCCAUAUGCAACCUAUCCAUUUCUCCAGUGAACAUGCUCGCAUUCUUGACUGCAUUGGCGUUGGCAGAUGCCCGGCGUUUCCAGGACCCAGAUGAUUUGGUUGCAACUUUGCAAGUGGCCCAACGAUGGAACCAGAGUGCUCUGCACCCGGAUGGCCUCGAGCAACGCGUUUUGUGUGGUGACUACUUGCUGGAGGAUGAACACAAGACUCCAAUCGAGCUGCGACCUAGGCAGUCCCCGGCAAAGCUGAUUGACACUUUCGCAUUUGGCAACGCCUAUGAAGUGGAGGAAUUACUCCUUCGAAUGUACGAGAUGGGCGAAGAGGUCUCCGAGUUUCACAUUGUCGAGGGUGAUCAUGACUUUCAGGGAGCAAAGAAGCCAUACCAGUUCGAGGCAAUCCUGAAUAGUGGGCAGUUUGAUGCGUGGAAAAACAAGAUCACAUACUACAAGGUCGAGAUCCCAAUGGGUGUGAAGGGCUUCAGGUUACAAGACAUACAGAGGCUGCAGCUUCGAUCACAGAUGAAUGACUACAAGAAUUACGACCUCAAAGACAUCCUUUUGGAAGGGGAUUUGGACGAGAUUGUGAGCGAAGAAACUUUGAAAAUUCUCAAGCAUUGCGAACCAGUUGCAGGCUCAUGGAGUGCUCACGUCCACAUGGGCAACUUUUACUUCAGCCUUGCGUGGACUGAUGGUGAUUGGAUGCUGCCAACCACUGUCGGUUUUGUCAGUGAAGUGCCUUCAACUCCUCCUCCACCUAGACUUUUGGAAUCUGACGCCAUCCCAAGUCAUGAUGCAACAGUCAAUUCAACACUUGUGCACCUCCCAAAAUCUCAAAGCAUUUGGACGAAGCCGAACACGCUUAGUCGUAGAGACGGUCGGCUUCAUGCGUGGCAUUGCGCAUGGACACUCAACGGCCCGGCCGGGCUGGCUCACAAAAUCUUCAUCCGCAUUGAAGGCAUCCCAGGGUGGGCCAAGAAUUGUUGCUCUGAUGAGGCUACUUUGGCCAAGUUCAUCGGCUCGGGAUUUUAUGACAAAGUGAGCUCCUAUGAUCCCAAUAUCCAUCCAUCCAAGCUAUCCAAAGAAGAUCUGCCGCCGGCAUUGCUCCGCCAUCCAGAGAAGUUCCCGAACAUUCUGAGGGGCGUCAAUUGGUAGAUCCACUUGGGAGCACUGCGGUGCAUUUGCGCUUGUGCG